CACGAAAUAUUUGCAAAUAUUUACACUAGCAAAAAGCAAAAAUUCCUAUGAAAAAUUUUACUGUAAAAGAAAGUUUAAAACAAUCACAUAAAAUAAAAUGAUAUAUUUACACAAACUAAUUUGCGAAAUUUUACUGUCAUGAAGUCGUGAAUUCUAAAAGGUAAAGGAAAGAAAGUAUUAGUGGGAAAAGAAAGAGAUUGACAAAUUUAUAGAGACAUAAAUUGAGUUGAAGUCAGCGGCGGUAAAAUAAAGUUAAGCAACAAAUUAAGAGAGAAACAAAAUUUAAAGAGAGAAUCAAAAGAGAACCCUUUCGAUAUGCUAUUAUUUAAUAGACGCUGUUGAGUUUUUAGAGCCGUCACACAGCCGAAACAAAUAAAAUAAGCCAAGUUGUCUACAGUUUAAUGGUGUAUGGUCAAUUAUGGAAUGAUGCCGAUCGAUGGCGAUGGCGAUGGCAAUGUGGAUGGCAUGCGAUCGUCUCAUUUGCAUGAAGAUGAACACAAUAUUGACAGCCUAUCGAUGUCUCGAGUCGAAAUUGGAUCUAUUUUUGGUGGUUUGCUGUGCUGUGUGUGUCUACUUUGUGAUUUCGAUGCGGUCAUUGGCUGGAAAUGUUUGUUCAAAGAGUUUCCAGUGGACGCCCAAAGGAUAAGGGGAACCUGGUGGAUCUAUGGCACAAAUCCCGAGCCAACCGAUCGCUGCUACUUUGAAGAUCUGGAUCUCUACUGGACACGCAUUACGCAAACAGACUAUGAUAAUUAUGCCGUGGAGCUGCACUGCUCGCUGCCCUGGUUUCGUCAUCAAAUGGCCAUCUAUACCAGGGCUGCACAGCCCAGCGAUGAGGUAAUCAAUCAGGUGGAAAAAUACUUGCUGAGUGUGCGAUUAUCUCUGAAGCAUUUCCAUCUGGUUGAUAAGCUUACUUGUAGUAAUCAAUCCAAGGCGCCGAUUCAGCGUUGGCAUCUCUCGCGUUAUAUGCAUCUGGACUAUAAUCCAAAUUAUGUGAAACCUUUGGUCGUGGACGAAAAUAUCUGAGCAACUCUCUCACAACUUUCUUCGGCAUCUGCAACAUUAGCAUACAAGACUAUGCCAAUAUUUCGGGGGGCAAGCUUAUUAGCUCGCUGUGGUGACUUAUUAAACGGAAUUCGACAAAAUUAACACACACUGAAAGAAAACACAAUGUUGAAAGAAAAUGAAAGAGGAGGGUUUUUUUUUAAUUUAAAGUUUGAAACAAAAAAUGUUAAAUCACUUCAACGGAAAAAUAUGAAUUCAUUAAAUAAAUCCAAAUUAAAUUUAAUA